AUGAGCAACGGCGUGCGCGCUUCCAAGCCGCUCGUCUCCGCCGCCGCGUCGGCAGCCGCGCGAGCAGCGGCCGCAGCUACGCAAGGCCGGCGCGGCGCGAGUUCCUGGAUCUCCGGGGCCUUGGCGCCUCCCGCGGAGGCGUCGCACCUGUUUGGCAUUCCGAGGCGCGUGGCGAUAGCGACGAUUAGUUCAAUAUCGUACUUUUACAUGAACGUCCUGAAUCGCAUGGAGGUGACCAAUCAGCAGACGCUUCUGGAUCUGGUGCACUCGCGGCCAGCUGGCACGCCGCUCAUCACCGUCAGCAACCACAUGGCAACGAUAGACGACCCGCUGCUGUGGGGCGGGCAGAGGGGACUACGCAUUACGGAUCCCAAGCUGUGUCGCUGGACGCUCACUGCGUCUGAGAUCUGCUUCACCGGCCUCCUCGACUCCUACAUCUUCAGAAUAGGCAAGAGCAUUCCGAUAUCACGAAACCAGGGGGUGUUUCAACCAGGCAUGGACGAGGCCCUGCUGCGGUUACAGCAGGGCGACUGGCUCAACAUCUUCCCAGAGGCGCGCAUCAUUCAGCAGCACGGCCCCCUGCCGCGCCUCAAGUGGGGCCUCGCCAGUCUGCUGGACCGCCUCUGCCCCUCGCUUCCCCCGCCCAUCCUUCUCUGCGUGGGGCAUAGUGGGAUCGAGCGGAUCAUCCCUCAGAACUAUCGCAACAACAAGCGACCGCUGAUACCACUGUGGAACCAGCGUGUGAGUGUGGUGGUGGGCGAGCCUUUCUCCUUUGACCUCCCCUCCCUGCGCCAGCAAGCCAAGGAAGCCGUGCGGCAGAGACUGGAGGCAGUGGUGAUGGAGGCACACGACAGGCAGCAGCGCAUGAAGUGA